AUGAAGCUGGUCAGAUUCCUUAUGAAACUUGCCAACGAAUCAGUGACAGUUGAGCUUAAAAAUGGAACAGUACUCACUGGAACAGUGAUUGGCAUAGACAUAUCAAUGAACACUCACCUCAAGAACGUGAAGGUUGUUAAUAAAGGCUCCGAUGGGAAGGAAGGGACAAAUGUGGUUGUUUUGGACCAUCUUACAGUUAGGGGUAACAAUAUACGCUACUUCAUUUUGUCAGAUAGCAUUCCCUUGGACACCCUUUUGAUAGAUGACACACCAGUGCAAAAGCCCAGUAAAACAAAGUUUAGUUCCAUAAGGGGUAGAGGUCGAGGAAGAGGUGGUCCACCAAGGGGAAGAGGAAGAUUUGGAGGCCAAAGAAAAUGA